GGUGGGACCCCCAACCCGUGCAGAGGUCAGCAUCUCCGCCGGACGUCCGCUAUUCCGCGGCCCCGGCCAGGGCGCGAUGCGGAGCCCUGGCUGCUGCUUCGUCGCGGUCCCCUGCACUCCGGACGUCUUUCCUUUUCACCCCGACACCCCGCCCUCGCCGAGCCUCUCGACGGCACUGAUUCCCCUCCCUUCAGUCGGGCUCUCCGAUCUUCCAAGCUGAGCAAUGCGGUGGUUUCUCUUUCGUGCUGCAGAAGUGCCAGCAGGGUCUGCAGGGGACUGGGCUGAUUUUUUUUUUUUUUUUUGAAGCUGCUAGAAAAAGUCAGCAGCGGCAUUGCGGUAUUGAGUCUACCUCUGGUGCUGCUUUUGCAAAGGCAGCUGGCAGCGAGUCUCACCGGUUCAAAGCCCCGCUUGAGCACAGCGUCCCAGGGGAGCCUGCUAAAGGGGAUUCUUUGAGAGCCAUAAUACCUAGUGAUAUUAGUGGUUCCGUGUUAGUAUGCAGAAAUGCCUAAGUUUACAGUGCAUUUUUUGCGGGGUGGAAGGAGGCCGUUUUAAGUGGUGAUGGAAAGUGUUUGGUGGUGGGAGCAUCACUGGGUGACAAAGGGUGCAGAAACCUCAGCAGAUCCCUGCAUGUCACUGAGUCCACCAUGCUUUACAGAAGAAGACAGAUUUAGUCUGGAAGCUCUUCAAACAAUACAUAAACAAAUGGAUGAUGACAAAGAUGGUGGAAUUGAAGUAGAGGAAAGUGAUGAAUUCAUCAGAGAAGAUAUGAAAUAUAAAGAUGCUACUAAUAAACACAGCCAUCUGCACAGAGAAGAUAAACAUAUAACGAUUGAGGAUUUAUGGAAACGAUGGAAAACGUCAGAAGUUCAUAAUUGGACCCUUGAAGACACUCUUCAGUGGUUGAUAGAGUUUGUUGAACUACCCCAAUAUGAGAAGAAUUUUAGAGACAACAAUGUCAAAGGAACGACACUUCCCAGGAUAGCAGUGCACGAACCUUCAUUUAUGAUCUCCCAGUUGAAAAUCAGUGACCGGAGUCACAGACAAAAACUUCAGCUCAAGGCAUUGGAUGUGGUUUUGUUUGGACCUCUAACACGCCCACCUCAUAACUGGAUGAAAGAUUUUAUCCUCACAGUUUCUAUAGUAAUUGGUGUUGGAGGGUGCUGGUUUGCUUAUACGCAGAAUAAGACAUCAAAAGAACAUGUUGCAAAAAUGAUGAAAGAUUUAGAGAGCUUACAAACUGCAGAGCAAAGUCUAAUGGACUUACAAGAGAGGCUUGAAAAGGCACAGGAAGAAAACAGAAAUGUUGCUGUAGAAAAGCAAAAUUUAGAGCGCAAAAUGAUGGAUGAAAUCAAUUAUGCAAAGGAGGAGGCUUGUCGGCUGAGAGAGCUAAGGGAGGGAGCUGAAUGUGAAUUGAGUAGACGUCAGUAUGCAGAACAGGAAUUGGAACAGGUUCGCAUGGCUCUGAAAAAAGCCGAAAAAGAAUUUGAACUGAGAAGCAGUUGGUCUGUUCCAGAUGCACUUCAGAAAUGGCUUCAGUUAACACAUGAAGUAGAAGUGCAAUACUACAAUAUUAAAAGACAAAACGCUGAAAUGCAGCUAGCUAUUGCUAAAGAUGAGGUUGCUGCUUCAUAUCUGAUUCAGGCAGAAAAAAUUAAAAAGAAGAGAAGCACAGUCUUUGGGACUCUGCACGUUGCACACAGCUCCUCCCUAGAUGAGGUAGACCACAAAAUUCUGGAAGCAAAGAAAGCUCUCUCUGAGUUGACAACUUGUUUACGAGAACGACUUUUUCGCUGGCAACAAAUUGAGAAGAUCUGUGGCUUUCAGAUAGCCCAUAACUCAGGACUCCCCAGCCUGACCUCUUCCCUUUAUUCUGAUCACAGCUGGGUGGUGAUGCCCAGAGUCUCCAUUCCACCCUAUCCGAUUGCUGGAGGAGUUGAUGACUUAGAUGAAGACACACCCCCAAUAGUGUCACAAUUUCCCGGGACCAUGGCUAAACCUCCUGGAUCAUUAGCCAGAAGCAGCAGCCUGUGCCGUUCACGCCGCAGCAUUGUGCCGUCCUCGCCUCAGCCUCAGCGAGCUCAGCUUGCUCCACACGCCCCCCACCCGUCACACCCUCGGCACCCUCACCACCCCCAACACACACCACACUCCUUGCCUUCCCCUGAUCCAGAUAUCCUCUCAGUGUCAAGUUGCCCUGCGCUUUAUCGGAAUGAAGAGGAGGAAGAGGCCAUUUACUUCUCUGCUGAAAAGCAAUGGGAAGUGCCAGACACAGCUUCAGAAUGUGACUCCUUAAAUUCUUCCAUUGGAAGGAAACAGUCUCCUCCUUUAAGCCUCGAGAUAUACCAAACAUUAUCUCCGCGAAAGAUAUCAAGAGAUGAGGUGUCCCUAGAGGAUUCCUCCCGAGGGGAUUCACCUGUAACUGUGGAUGUGUCUUGGGGUUCUCCCGACUGUGUAGGUCUGACAGAAACUAAGAGUAUGAUCUUCAGUCCUGCAAGCAAAGUGUACAAUGGCAUUUUGGAGAAAUCCUGUAGCAUGAACCAGCUUUCCAGUGGCAUCCCGGUGCCUAAACCUCGCCACACAUCAUGUUCCUCAGCUGGCAACGACAGUAAACCAGUUCAGGAAGCCCCAAGUGUUGCCAGAAUAAGCAGCAUCCCACAUGACCUUUGUCAUAAUGGAGAGAAAAGCAAAAAGCCAUCAAAAAUCAAAAGCCUUUUUAAGAAGAAAUCUAAGUGAACUGGCUGACUUGAUGGAAUCAUGUUCAAGUGGCAUCUGUAAACUAUUAUCCCCCACCCUCCACUCCCCACCUUUUUUUUGGUUUAAUUUUAGGAAUGUAACUCCAUUGGGGCUUUCCAGGCCUGAUGCCAUAGUGGAACAUCCAGAAGGGCAACUGUCUACUGUCUGCUUAUUUAAGUGACUAUAUAUAUAAUCAAUUCAUCAAGCCAGUUAUUACUGAAAAAUCAUUGAAAUGAGACAGUUUACAGUCAUUUCUGCCUAUUUAUUUCUGCUUUGUUCUCAGUGAUGUAUAUGCAACAUUUUGUUGAAAGCCACUAUGGACUUACAAGCUUUAAUGGACUCGUAAGCCAGCAUGGGCUUGCAAAAAUUUCUUGUUUACCAGAGCAUCUUCUUAUCUUUCCACAGAGCUAUUUACAUCCUGGACUAUAUAACUUAAAAGAAGUAAAACUAAUUGCACUACUGUUUUCCAGACUGGAAAAAAAAAAAAUCUCUGCAAGUGAAACUGUAUAGAGUUUAUAAAAUGACUAUGGAUAGGGGACUGUUUUCACUUUUAGAUCAAAAUGGGUUUUUAAGUAGAACCUAGAGUUUCUAAUUGACUUGAUUUCUGGAAAUGAAAACCCACGCUUUUAUUAUGGGAAGCUUCUUGAACUGCAUUUACUAUUGUGAAGUUUCAAGUCCCGCUGUAAAGAUCAUGUUGUUUUGUUUUCCCCAGGGCUUUCACUGUGAUUUACUGCAUUGCAGGCUGUAUGAUAAAACACACAUAAUUUAAAGAGAGAAGCCUCUUGAUUCCUUAUGCAAGUGGAAGAGUUGAAACUUGAUUGAAGGACUUAAAACAUUCACAACCUUAAGCCGAGGUGGGGGGAUAUGGGGAUUCAGGCAAUUGUUUACACACUUUGAAUAACUGCAAAGGAUUUACGGUUUGUGAAAAAUGUGUACUGUGGAAAAGAUAAUAAAUUGGAGACAUUAUUGUGUGGGAUUGUGCUGAUUUUUGUUGAUAACACUCCACAAAAAACACUGUAUGUUUUCUGGAGAGCUGUGUAAGCUGUCUUGUUGCUUAGUUGCAAUAUAAGAAAUAGUGAUGUUUUGGACGUAAGUUGUCAACAAAUUUCUAUUUUAUAUUGUUAUAUUUUUAUGUAGUUUGAAAUGUAAAAAUGUUCUAAUAUCAAGAUUAACAAAUAUAAAUUUAUGGUGCAUUUA